AAUUAAUGCACUGCCUAUAAACAAGUGUAACCAUGGCAACAUACGUUUACAGUCGCAUACGUUAUUUAAAGUCUCCGUUACAUUGGUAGUAGAGAUGCGGCACAGACGCAGGCAAUUCACACACGCACAAUAUCGUGCUCUCUCUCUUUCUCUCUCUCUCGCUCUAAUAACUAUUAUUAAUUCAUUCAAAUAAAUUCAGAUUUUUGAAAACAUCACUGACCGCUUUAACUUGUCAAUGCUGGCAAGUGACCAUGGUAUAAGCUGGAUAAUCCACGGCUAGGUGUGCGUUAAACGAUUUUAACACACGACGUGGACGGAAAGAACCACCUGAAGUGAGAAAGUUGACUAAGCUAUCGGCAGAUAUUUCUGCUGCUGAUGAUGGGUAGCGUUGCCACCUCCCAGCUCCGGGGUCCCGGGUUCGUUCCAUAGCUCGUGUUACUGUUUGCAUGGAGGUCCCUGUCCCCUGUCCUCCCGGUGCCCGUGUGGGUUUGCUCUGGGUUCUUUUUCAGUUUCCUCCAACCUCCCAGCAGGCCUCACGCCCAGUGUUCCCCGGAUAGGCUACAGAUCCACCACAACACAGAUUAAAACAGUUACUGAAAGUGCGUGAGCGAGUAAUGACGGCCUGAAUUACCCAUAAAAAUAGAAAAUUAAUUAAGUUGAACAUUUUUCAGGGAGACGCUGGUCACCUGUUCACAGGUCCUACGCUUUUAUUCUAUAUGGUUCUUGUCUGCGUCUUGAUUGGUUAGUGGUGCUCAGAAAAACUAAAUAUUAGCCCAGCGCGUCAACUAAUGUAUCCAUCAAACCACUAAAAAGCUCAAAAUAAUGUUAUAACAAGAAUAAAACAAGGCUUUGGUGUGUACAGGUGGCUGUAUGUUUGCACUUACAGUUACGACUCACCUUUUGAGUCAAUGCUCCCAUUUACCGCAGGCCACAGGUAGGCGUACAGUGUGGCUCAUGAACUCGGGUUCUUUUGUCAUUCUCAUUGUCUUUGUCUCCUGAUAAAUAAAUAAAACCCAGCUGUGGGUAGGAAUAGGUCAUCGGAAAGUAAACAAGUCUCAGCUGAAAGUAGACAUGAGAGAAUGCUGAGGUUAUACUGGUAGACAGUGUUUUCAUGGUUUCCUUCUUCUUACUGAAAAGUGCGUAUUGUUAGUGUGAGCUUAUUAGGUUUGGCUUGUAUGGAUGGAGCCCAUGGUGAAUAGGACAAAAUAUCUUUUGAGUUGUCUACGUAUGUAUGUGUUUACAUUCGCUGCUGAAGCUCUUGUCACAAUCCAGAAUGCGUCAGCACGAGUGUUCGGAUUAGUGUUGUCAGGAUAACAAAAGCUUGACCUGCGAUCCAGGUCAUGUAGCUUGAUCAUUUUGAUGCAUUGAUUCCCUUUAAUCUGUUGUAGGUUUUGUAAACAUUUAUACGUUCAUAUGUCUUCUGUAAGCGCUCGAUCCUGGUCCCGGACCCUGAGCGUGAGGCGGGGAACACGCCAGGAUAGGACACCGGUCCGUUCACCUCCGCUCCGUGUUCGCACACUCCUUCAGACCCAGGGACAGUUCUGAGUAUCCAGUUCUCCUACUGGCAUGUUUUUGGCAGGUGGGAGGAAACCAGAGAACCCAGAGGAAACCCCACAGGAGAACAUGCAGAGCUCAUGUGCUCUUUGAUACCACUCACGCACGUCUGUGAUACCUAGAGGUGUGAAAUUCAGUGUUUCGGAUGUGGCACACUCUUUGGGUUUUGCUGAGCCGCGUCUCUUACCGCAUAUUUAUAAGCUGGAAAGGUAAACGUAAUUUCCUGCAUGGCUCUGAACACAAUGAUUGGCUCCUGCCUUUCUAGAUCUGCCUGCUUCUAACUGCAUCCUGAUUGGACAGCUUCUGUGCAGCGAGCUUAUCAGAGCCAUGACUUAGACAUACUGCACUUUCAGAGAUGGAGAAAAAGAAAAUGUGUCAGCGCCUCCUGGACUACCUGGUGGUAGUUGGAGCCAGGCAGCCCAGUAGCGAGAGUGUGGCACAGACGCCCCAGCUGCUGAGGCGUUACCCACUAGAGGACCACCCUGACUUCCCUCUGCCCCCAGAUGUGGUGUUUUUCUGCCAACCAGAAGGCUGCUUGAGUAUGCGACAGCGCCGUGUCAGCCUGCGCGACGACUCGUCCUUCGUCUUCGCGCUCACCGAUAAGGACUCGGGCAUCACGCGCUAUGGCAUCUGCCUCAACUUUUACCGCUCCUUCCAGCGAGGCCACCAUCGCUCACGUUCAGAAUGCAAAGACAAGCCUCCACAGACAGACCCUGCAGUCGAGGCCACUGAGAUAUGCGACCCUUCCACCUUGUCUCUCUCGGGUGACCACACAGCGCCCGUGGCAGGAGACAGGGUGCCAGAGACGAGCACCGGAAGGUCACCGCGUCCCAAACGCAGCGCCAGGGCAUCAGCACGGAAUCGCAACAGCAUGCUGACGUCACUGUGCAUCCUGAGCCACUACCCGUUUAUCUCCACCUUCAGGGAGUGUCUGUACAUCCUCAAACGCAUGGUGGACUGCUGCAGCCACAGACUCAGCCAGAGAACUGCCAAGGGUAACCAGCGGGACACCAUGUGGCGCAUGUUGGCCGGCGCUCUUUCCGUCGAGGAGAAGGAGAAAGGUACUCAGCUACUCCAUGACCUGAGGGAAAUUGAAUCGUGGGUGUACAGGCUGCUGCACUCGCCGGUGCCUGUAGCAGGCGUGCGACGUGUCGACGUGGAAGUGCUGCCUCCAGAUUUGCAGCCGGCGCUUACUUUCGCUGUACCCGACUCGUCUCGUUUCUGUCUCGUGGACUUCCCACUGCAUCUGCCCUUGGAGCUGCUGGGGGUGGACGCUUGCCUGCAGGUGCUCAGCUGCAUCCUGCUUGAACACAAGGUGGUACUUCAAUCUCGGGAUUACAACGCUCUCUCCAUGAGCGUGAUGGCUUUUGUGGCCAUGAUCUAUCCUCUGGAGUACAUGUUCCCGGUCAUCCCUCUACUGCCCACCUGCAUGGCUUCAGCCGAACAGCUCCUGCUAGCACCGACUCCAUACAUCAUCGGCGUGCCCGCCAGCUUCUUCCUGUAUAAAUCCGACUUUAAGAUGCCUGACGAUGUUUGGCUGGUGGAUCUCGACUGCAGCAAGGUAAUUGUGCCCAAGAAUGCAGAAAUACUCCCGCCUUUGCCUGAACCAGAAGCGACAGAGCUGAAGAAACACCUGAAGCAGUGUCUGGUUAGGUUGACUGCGAUCACCCAAAAGCAGAUCUUCGCCUCCGACACAAAGGCUUUGGCCAGUAUGAGUCUGAACACUCAGCCUAUUCUAAACCUGGAGAAGUUCCAGGAGGGUCAAGAUCUGCCUCUUCUGCCCCCAGGCCGUGAUAAGUCCUCCCCCUCCUCCACCGAGUUUAACCCUCUUAUUUAUGGAAAUGAUGUCGACUCUGUGGACGUGGCCACAAGGGUGGCAAUGGUGAGAUUCUUCAACUCUCCAAACGUACUGCAGGGCUUUCAGAUGCACACACGGACACUGCGACUCUUCCCACGACCCGUGGUAGCCUUUCAAGCCAUGUCUUUCCUGGCAUCACGUCCACGGCGCACCAGCUUUGCUGAGAAGCUCUCGCACACACAGGCUGUGGAAUAUUAUGGGGAGUGGGCCCUAAACCCUACGAACCUGGCCUUCCAAAGGAUUCAUAAUAAUGUGUAUGACCCCUCCUUGAUAGGUGAUAAGGCUAAGUGGUAUGCUCAUCAGUUGCAGCCUGUGUUUUAUCGCGUGUACGAUGGAAACUCGCAGCUUGCAGAGGCUAUAAGUGGACCAAUAGAGGAUGACUGUAAUGAUUCGGACCCUACAGAUGACAGUGGAAGUGACAGCGAGGCAUACGACGAUUCCAGCUCUUCUUACUCGUCACUGGGAGAUUUUGUGAAUGAAAUGAUCAAAGGGGAUAUCCAGGGCGACACACCAAAUGUCGAUCCCUUGACACACGCAGCACUGGAGGAUGCCAGUGAAGUAGAAAUCCAUGAAUUCCAGGAGUAUAAGGGUGAGGAGAGCGAGGAGCGCGGGUCUGAGGUCGAGGGACCUGCCGAAGCCACAGAUGGCCAGCCGCACCGCUCCAGUUCCAGCACCACAGCCAGCUCCAGCCCCAGCACCAUCAUCCAGGGCGUGAAUCAUGAGCCGUUAGAGCCUGUCGAGAUUGAGGCGUCAGCUAGUGCGGCUCUACAGAACUCUGUCCCUGGAUUAUGUCUCCCGCCGUUCACUCGAUCCAGCCCAGAGCCGCCGCCUACGGACUCGACGAGUAAGAAGCGAGAGUACGAUAACCCGUAUUUUGAGCCGCAGUACGGCUUCCCUGCAGAAGAAGAGGCCGACAGUGAAGAGCAAGAGGAGAGCUACACACCACGCUUCCACCAAAAUAUCAACGGAAACAAGCCAUCUCGCCCGUUGAGACCCAGCAGCCUGAAACUUCCAGGCGAGUGUGAUGGAGAAGGAGACUCUAAGAACAGUUCUCCCAACUCCACCAUCUCCAACAACAGCGGUGAUGGCUUCGGAGGACUCAUGUCUUUUGCAAGUAAUUUGUAUAAGAACCACGGCACCAGCUUUAGUCUGUCCAGCCUGGCUCUUUCUAACAAAGCGGCCAGAGAGAAGAAUACUCCUUUCCCAAGUCUUAAAGAUGGUGGUGAUGAGAGUCCUGACAGUCCUGGCUCCCGUGCUCCUCGAGCACUGGUGGAUCAAAAGUCCUCUGUGAUUAAGCACAGUCCCACUGUAAAGAGAGAGCCACCUUCGCCCCAAGGCCGAGCCAACAACACCAGCUAUCUGAGAGAACAGGGCUUGGACGCUCUCGUCCGUGUGUGCAGUGAAAAUCAGCAUUUCCUAAAGGACGUGGUGCUGAGCGUGUUGGAUGGCCAGGGUGUCGGUUGGCUCAACAUGAAGAAGGUGCGCCGCCUGCUGGAAAACGAGCAGCUGCGCGUCUUCAUGCUUAGCAAGCUCAACCGAGCCGUCCAGUCAGAAGAGGACGCUCGGCAAGAAGUCAUCAGAGACGUGGAGAUUAACCGAAAAGUCUAUAAAGGCAUGUUGGACCUGCUGAAAUGCACAGUUUCCAGUCUGGAGCACUCCUACACUAAUGCAGGCCUGGGUGGCAUGGCCAGUGUGUUCAGCCUGUUAGAAAUUGCACGGACCCACUACCAAACCAAAGAGCCAGAGAAGCGAAAGCGGAGUCCCAUGGACGGGGCGAGCAGUCCGGGUAGUAAGGAGAGCCCGUCUGUGCGCCUUGAGAGUGCCAGAGCGGCAGGCGUGCUCCUGAUGCCCAGAAUUCAGCUGCCACCCCCUCCCUCUGGGAAAGGGGCACAUCAGUUUGACACCCGGAGUCUGAACGAAGAGAAUUUUAUUGCUUCUAUUGGGGCGGAUGGGGCGAAACAGCGUCCAGAAGGGGUCGACACAGAGGAGAAGAAAUCCCAGAUAAGUGCGGACAGUGGGCUCAGUGUGACCUCAGGCUCUCAGAAGAGCGAUACGGAGUCAUUGGCGAGUUCAGAGCCUCCAGUUUUGACGAGGAGUACCAGUCAGGACUCUGAGGCCAGCACAGUGGUGAGUAACAGCUCAGGUGAGACACUGGGGGCUGACAGUGACCUGAGCAGCACGGCAGGAGAUGGACCGAGCGGCCGUCUGUCUCCUCACCUCGCUCUGUCUCGCAGCACUCUCUCAGACAGUGAGAUCGAAACCAACCCUGCCACCAGCUCUAUGUUUGGAAAGACCCAUAAGCUGAAGCCAGGUGUGAAGGAACCUAUUGGGGGUGUGGCUAAGGGAGCUCCUGCCCAGCCCCAUGAAGAUCUCAGCCUGAGGAUCUAUCUGUGUGAGGGGCUUCUGGGGAGGGAUAAGAGCUCAAUGUGGGAUCAGCUGGAGGACGCUGCCAUGGAAACCUUCUCUCUGAGUAAGGAGCGCUCUACUCUGUGGGACCAGGUGCAGUUUUGGGAGGACACGUUUCUGGACGCUGUAAUGCUCGAAAGAGAGGGAAUGGGGAUGGACCAGGGACCACAGGAGAUGAUUGACAGGUACCUGUCACUGGGUGAGCAUGACCGUAAGAGACUGGAGGAGGAUGAGGACAGACUGCUGGCCAAUCUGUUGCACAACAUGAUAGCCUACAUGCUAAUGAUGAAGGUCAAUAAGAACGACAUCAGGAAGAAGGUCCGCCGUUUGAUGGGGAAGUCUCACAUCAGUUUGACGUACAGCCAAGAGAUCAAUGAGGUCUUGGACCGCCUUGCACACAUGAACGGAAGGGAACUUCCUAUAAGGCCGAGCGGAAGCCGGCAUAUAAAAAAGCAGACUUUUGUGGUGCAUGCUGGGACUGAUACUACAGGGGAUAUAUUCUUCAUGGAGGUGUGUGAUGACUGCAUCGUACUACGCAGUAACAUAGGGACGGUGUAUGAACGGUGGUGGUACGAGAAGCUGAUCAAUAUGACUUACUGUCCCAAGACCAAAGUGCUGUGUCUAUGGAGGAGGAAUGGACUGGAGACACAGCUAAACAAGUUCUACACGAAGAAGUGUCGGGAGCUGUACUACUGCGUCAAAGACAGCAUGGAGCGUGCAGCAGCACGACAGCAAAGCAUCAAACCAGGUCCAGAACUGGGUGGAGAGUUCCCUGUGCAGGAUAUGAAAUCGGGUGAGGGCGGUCUCCUGCAGGUCACCCUCGAGGGGAUUAAUCUCAAAUUCAUGCACAGCCAGGUUUUCAUAGAGCUGAAUCACAUUAAAAAGUGCAAUACAGUGAAGGGAGUCUUUGUCCUGGAGGAAUUUGUUCCUGAAACUAAAGAAGUGGUGAUCCAUAAGUACAAAACUCCCAUGGCACAUCAGAUCUGUUACUCCGUGCUCUGUCUCUUUUCCUACAUGGCUGCCGUGAAGGGGAAGGAGGCAGAGGGCAAACCCAAGAUGCUGUCCCCUCGCCCAUUACCCAGCUAGUGCACAUCAUCUGCCUGCUGUAUUAUAUUUCUGGUUUUGUCCAAAACCCUCCUGUAAGAGCUACACUAUAACUUAUUCUCCACACAUCUGCUUAUUUACUGCUCUCUUGAGCCUCUGGCUUACUUGCCUGUCCUGGACAGUAUUCCUUACACUUAUCCACCCACUCACAGUAUUUAAUCAAGAUCAAUGACAAGUACAUAUUACAAGUAUAAACAUACUGUUUUCUCUCCAGACAUUAUAAUAUAUAUCAGAAUGGAACGGUAAUCCCGCCCACUGCAGAUUUUUCCUCAGCUCUUAUUCGUCACUGUCCUGGGUGUUUUUUUGUUGGGUUUUUUUUUUGCCUCUAGCAAGCCAUAUUGCCAUGCUGCUUUCCCCUUUUCUUGCAUGUGAUCAGAGGUGCCACACUAUGCCGACACUAAAAAUUUGCAUUGGUAUGUGCAGAAGAGUGCCCUCUGUCCUAGCAAGCGCUUCAACUUCCCCUUUCCUUAACCCAUCCUUAGAAAUCUUAGAAAAAUAAUUCUGUGUAGUCACUGGGAACGUAACAUCUGUCCUGUCUAAUGAUGAUUUAAAAUGCUUCAUGUUAUGGGGCUAUGGAGACUGUGUGUGUGUGUGUGUGUGUGUGUGUGUGUGUGUGUGUGUGUGUGAGAGAGAGAGAGAGAAUGUGAGCCUUAGCAGGUAACCACACAGUGCUUAAGUGUUUCAUUCAGCCUGUUCCCUCUGCUGUAUUUGGUCCAAGGUGUGUGUACAUCUUUAGCUUUGCCUUGAGCCUACUGUACUAGUUUUACUGUAAAACUGUCUGUGAACAGCUGUGAUAAAUUUGCAUGUUGCUGUAACAAAAUUAAGGAAAAAAAAAAAAAAGCAAACGAAAAACACUGAAUAGUAAUAUGAAAAACCUAUGCUGUACAUUUCACUGGAGCAAUGUUUAAAAAGAAAUGUAAUGUUCUAAAACAAACUGUGGUUU